AUGACUAUUUCAAGGUACGAGAAACUGAAUCUGAAGAUCGAGAGCUUGAGACUUCACGGAGAUAAUAGUAAAUGUUCUGUUCUGUAUGAGGAAUUGAUCUCGAAAGCACUUAGUAUGGGCGCGACUAUUCUCGACAUCCGUGGAGACUUUGUCUUGCCGAAUGAGGUGUUUGAAGCUGAAAAUCUUGUCCGGUUAUCCGUGGAGAAAUGCCGAAUCAAUCUAAACCAGGAUCGACCGCAACAGUAUUCAGCAAAAAGUGUCAGGUUUGAUGUUUCGAGUCUCGACAAGUUCACGUACGAAGGUCCUCUCAUUCAUCACAUCUCUUUUGCACCAACUUCAAAAUUUCGGGUGUCUCGACUGGCUAUAAAGGAAAAUCGUGGCUUGAGCACAGCAUGGUUCAAAAAGUUGGAAAUUUUUCUGAAGGAGUUGGGGCGCUCGGAAAUUCAUCUUUCUCUCCGUCUCGGCUCCAAAGCUAUUUUCGAUUACGAGGCGGACGAGUUUCAAGGCGUGAUGAAACCUGAGGUGGAUAGUUUAACGGUCAAUAUGGAUGGUAUGUCGUCAAUAACUUGUUACGUUCUUUUCGAUGGUUUGUUUCGGAUUUGUCGCCCUAAGAUUAUAGCUCACUACAUACUUCCCGAGUCCAGCUGUGGUGGGAAGGGCAACACAAAUAAUGAUUUUCUCGGGAAGAGAUUUCUUGAGGGUGUGAAGGGGAAAUUCUCGGUCGGGAGCCAUCUUAUGUCGAGUGUGAAUGAUCUCAAGGAAGUAAAUGUGCAGCUUUUUGAUGAUGAUGUUGGUGCGUGGACUCCUCUGCCAUGGGAUUCAUCUUUAGAUGCUUCGACGAGCACAUGUAGAAAGCGGAAAACCUUGGAUGAAGAAUUUGAGUUACCGGAAUACAUAAUCCCCCGCAUUCAAUCCUUCCUCACCGGAAAAGAAGCUACUCGGACGUCUAUCCUCUCCAACGCAUGGCACCACGCGACCAUCACUCGCCCGAAUCUCGACUUUGACGUACACGAUUUCAGAAGCGAUCGUGAAGACGAGCCAAACAGCAGCUCAUACCACAAAUUCUCAAAAUUCGUGAAGAAGACUAUUUCGAGGUACGAGCAACUGAAGCUGAAGAUCGAGACUCUGAGGUUUCGUGAAUAUACCAAAUGGGGGGAUACUGAUGAUGAUGUUUGUGUUGUUUAUAAGGAAUUGAUCCCGAAAGCACUUAGUAUGGGCGCGACUCUUCUCGACAUCGGUGGAGAUUUCUUGUUGCCGAAUGAGGUGUUUGAAGCUGAAAAUCUCGUCCGGUUAUCCGUGGAGAAAUGUCGAAUCAAUCUAGACUGGGAUCGACCGGUAAGAUGUCCUCGUCUUAAAUCCCUUUGUUUAAGCGAUGUCUAUAUUGUCGAACCCAACCAGAUUUGUCGCAUAAUAUCCGGCUGCCCCUCGAUUAAGAAAUUAUCUUUCACUGAUGCUUUUGGCUAUAAUCGUUCGGUUCGUGAUGGCCGUCUCACCAAUUCUCAUAUGCAGCUGACUUGUCUUGUUUGCGACGUCCCAUUUUCAAACUUUGUUACGGCGGGCGACUUGUCCUCCAAGUUUCCUUUCCUCAAAGAUUUGACGCUACAUGAUAUUUGUUUUUUCCCCCGGAAAGAGAUUGUGAUCAGCAGCCGUUCGCUCGAGCGUUUAAAUUUCAUUUGUCCCGAGCGACAUUAUUCUGAUGAGAAAAAAAUCAGGUUUGAUGUUCCGAGUCUCCGCAAGUUCACGUACGAAGGUUCUCUCGUUCAUCACAUCUCUUUUGCACCAACUUCGAAAUUCUGGGUCGUGUCUCGACUGGCUAUAAUGGAAAAUCGUGGCUUGAGCACCGCAUGGUUCGGAAAGUUGGAAAAUCUUGUGAAGGAGUUGGGGCGGUCGGAAAUUCAUAUUUGUCUCCGUCUCGGCACCAAAACUAUUUUCGAUUAUGAGGCGGACGAGUUUCAAGGAGUGACGAAACUUGUUGAGGUGGAUAAUUUCACGGUGGACUUGGAUGGUUUGUCGUCUUUAACUUGUUGCGUCCUUUUCGAUGGUUUGUUUGAUGUUCCGAGUCUCCGCAAGUUCACGUACGAAGGUUCUCUCGUUCAUCACAUCUCUUUUGCACCAACUUCGAAAUUCUGGGUCGUGUCUCGACUAGCUAUAACGGAAAAUCGUGGCUUGAGCACCGCAUGGUUCGGAAAGUUGGAAAAUCUUGUGAAGGAGUUGGGGCGGUCGGAGAUUCAUAUUUGUCUCCGUCUCGGCACCAAAACUAUUUUCGAUUAUGAGGCGGACGAGUUUCAAGGCGUGACGAAAUCCGUUGAGGUGGAUACUUUCACGGUGGACUUGGAUGGUUUGUCGUCUUUAACUUGUUGCGUCCUUUUCGAUGGUUUGUUUCGGAUAUGCCGUCCGAAGUUCGUAACGCACUACCUACUUCCGGAGUCGAGUUGCGGUGGGAAAACAAACAAUGAUUUUCUCGGGAAGAGACUUGUUGAGGGAGUGAAGGGGCAAUUCUCGAUCGGGAGCCAUCUUAUGUCGAGUGUGAAUGAUCUCAAAGAAGUAAAUGUGCAGCUUUUUGAUGAUGAUGCUGGUGUGUGGACUCCUCUGCCAUGGGAUUCAUUCUUAGAUGCUUCGAGAAGAACGUAUAGAAAGCGAGAAAUUCGCUUUCAAUUGGCAUGGAAAUCUUUAGAUAAUUAG